CCUGACUGAAUUGAAAGUGUUUGGUGGUUUGGAUUUUCCCUGUUCUCUUUUGUUUGAGAUUGAAGUAAGCUUCGAAAGGGAAUGUGUGUGUGGUUUUCUUGCAACGGAUUAGAAAUUUUCCAUAAUCAGGAUGUUGUUGGUGAAUAAUUCGAUAAUACUGCCUCGAGAUGAGACUUGAAAAGUUUGCGAUUACGGACAAUAGAAGCUAGCUGCGAGCGUUUGAACGUAAUCUUUUGAGUAUCUUCUCAUCGUGUCUAGUCCAGUAUGAUUUCAGUAUUCGUAGUUUUUAGUCAUCGUUGUGUAGACCUUUAUGUUGAAACGUUUUCGAGUUUCAUUUCUGUGAUUGGCGUCGUACAGUUGAAUUAGUGAAACGUGUAUUAAGAUUUGAUGAAAUGGGCCAGGAGGUAGUACCCAAUAAACCGUGGGAUAAACCACGCUUGUCUCGUGAAAUACAGCCGAUUCUUUAUAGCUUGUUUCUCCAUCCAAAUUUGCGUGCCGGUACAUUCAAAGGAAGAGUUACAAUCAGUGUUAACGUGAAUUCUACUCAAGACCAUAUUUCUGUUCAUAUCAAAGGAUUAAACGUUACGAAAACUCGAAUUACAGUCGACAAUGAAACUCCUACUGAAGUUAAAAUCAAAGCUACUUUCGAACAUGAGCAAAAUGAGUUUUGGGUUAUUGUUCCCGAAGAAGACAUCGAACCGGGCGAUUACAAAUUACAUUUGGAAUUCGAAGGAAAACUUACCGGUAAAAUCGUCGGUUUCUAUCAAAGUGUGUACAGAACAGCGAACAACGAAGAAAGGCGUAUCGCUACCACAAAAUUCGAACCUACGUUCGCUCGUCAAGCUUACCCGUGUUUCGAUGAGCCCAACUUCAAAGCGAAAUAUGACAUUGAACUAGUCAAACCAUCAGGAAGCGAGUACAUAGCUUUGUCCAACAUGAACCAAAUUAGUGAACAACCGAAUACACCAGAAAUUGGUUCAACCACGGUUAAAUUUCGUACAAGCUUACCCAUGUCUUCGUAUUUAGCAUGUUUUAUCAUUUGCGACUUCGAUCAUUUGGAACCAGUUUAUACUAACGGCGGUGUUCCGAUUACUUUAUACGCCCGAAGAGAUCAUGUCAACGAAGUGCAACAUGCCAAAACGGUCGCCGAAACUGUUGCUAAUUUUUACGUCGAUUAUUUCAAGAUUGAUUAUCCGCUCCCCAAACUUGAUCUCAUAGCUAUUCCUGAUUUUGUCUCUGGAGCCAUGGAGAACUGGGGCUUGAUCACAUUUCGUGAAACUAGGUUACUAUGUCCCAACGACAGUGCUUCUGUUGCCAAUCAGUUAGCAGUAUCAUUAACUGUUUCUCACGAAAUCGCUCACAUGUGGUUUGGCGAUCUUGUUACCAUGAAAUGGUGGAAUGAUCUGUGGCUCAAUGAAGGAUUUGCCACUUUUGCCGAGUAUAAAGCUGCUGCUCAAGUUCAUCCUAGUUGGGAAUUAGACAACAUAUUUGUGGCGCAAGAAUUGUAUCCAGUUCUGAAAUUAGAUGCUACGCUCAAUUCACAUCCGAUUAUACAACCUGUUUCUCAUCCUGACCAAAUUACCGAAAUAUUCGACGGCAUUUCGUACAACAAAGGUGCUUCAGUUAUACGUAUGUUGGAAUCAACCAUUGGUGAAGAAAAUUUCCGCAAGGGACUUACAGCUUAUAUGGAUGAGUUUAAAUAUACUAAUGCCGAAACUAAAGACUUGUGGAAUCAUUUGGAAAAGUUCUCUGGUGAUAUUAAAGUAUCUAAUUUUAUGGACACGUGGACCAAACAAAUGGGUUUUCCUCUGGUAACCGUAAAUUUAAAAGAUGAUUCCGUUACUUUCUCUCAAAAACGAUAUCUUAUCGAUGCUUCAGCUAGUUACAACGUCACCGAAAGCCCUUACAACUAUCGAUGGGAAAUACCUAUAACAUUUGUAACUUCAGCUUCGCCUAAAACAAUACACACUGUAUGGAUGAAAAAGACUGAUGAUGAAGUGGUGCAUAAAUUACCGGAGAAGGUAAACUGGGUGAAAGUGAAUUAUCACAAUAUUGGUUAUUACAUGGUCAAUUAUGAAUCGAAUGUUUGGGAAAAAUUACGAACAGUACUCGAAUCCAAUAUUGGCAUUUUGGAUCCGGCCGAUCGUGCUAGUCUUCUGAAUGACGCUUUCAGUUUAGCUGAAUCGGGAAUGAUUCCAUAUGAAGAUGCUCUUUCGUUCACGAGGUAUUUACCGAUAGAAACGCAUUUCACUCCUUGGUCGGUCGCUCAUUCGUUAUUUCUGAAUUUACACAAGAGGUUAUACGGCACCGACGUCCACUCGCUGUUUACGAAAUAUAUCAAUUCUUUGAUUGACGGCUUGAAAACAAUGGAUUGGGAUAUUGGAAAUCGAAUGGAUUAUCUACUGAGGACUUAUCAAUACCAGAUUCUUCAUCUAGGUUGCAUGGCUGGUAACGCAACUUGUUUGCAUCAAGCAAGAACAUUAUUUCAACAGUGGCUCUUAGUUCCUGCCAUGAAGUUAAAUCCUGAACUGGGACAACUUAUAAUGUAUUACGGUAUUGAACAAUCUACCUCUGAAGAAUGGAAUCAGUUAUAUGAGUUGUUUUUGCGAGAGAGAAAUCCUCAAGAUAAACUUCGAAUAAUGAGAGCGUUGGGUGGUACCAGACAAACUCAAACUAUAUCUAGAUACUUACAACUGGGAAAAAAUGAAAGUGUUGUUCGAUCUCAAGAUUUCCUUACAUUAAUUUCGUCAACUGCCCAAAACCCAACAGCCUCGCCCAUAGUAUGGGAUUUUGUCAGAAACGAAUGGGAAUAUUUAGUCGACCGAUACACGAUCAAUGAUCGAUAUCUUGGAAAUAUGGUGGCAGCCGUUACCAGUCACUUUGCUACGGAAACUAGACUUCAGCAGAUGAACGAAUUUUUCGCGAAGUAUCCAGAAGCUGGAGCAGGUUCUGCAGCGAGGAAACGAGCUUUAGAAAGAGUAAAAAAUAACAUAAAAUGGCGACAGACUAAUGUUGCUAAACUGAGAAAAUGGUUCGAUGCUCAUGUUGAAAAGUAACAAUGUGAUAUGUGAUAUUAUGUAAAAUUGUCAGUGUACCCCUUUUUUUACGAAAAAAAAUCUGUGAUUUUAUUAUUCUUUUAAAUAUUUGAUCGUUUGGGAAUUUGCAAUGAUAUUACUUUUUGUUUAUGUAUUCCUAUAGUGCGUUUUUUUUGAUAUUUUUAAUUUCGUGUAUUAUGAAAUAUUGCAUCUAAUUGAUUUUUUUAAAUUUGAAUUAUUUUAUUAUGAGUAAAUGUUCCAUUAAAA